AUGGCACCUCCCACAGCAGUCUUCCGACAAGGAGCCACUGCUCUCAUCACCGGAGCUGCUUCCGGCGUCGGUCUCGCCGUGGCCAAACUGUGCGCAGCUAAGAGCAUGAAUCUGAUCCUGGUCGAUAACAACACCUCCAAGCUCGAAGAGGCCAAGUCAGCAAUCUCCACCUCCGGAACAGUCGAAAGCCAUUCCUUGGAUGUGUCCUCCCUCUCCGACUGGUCCAGCUUGAAGUCCAGCGUCGAGAAGGAUGGCCGCAAGCUCGACUUCCUCCACCUCAAUGCCGGCAUUGGCUUGAAGGGCGACUGGACCGACAGCUCGUACUUCCAGAAGAUCUUCGCUGUCAACUACUUUGGUGUCGUCAAUGGCAUCAACACAUUCUACCCGCACUUUGACGGCAACAAGGGCGAGCAGAAGGCUAUUGUCAUCACGGGCAUCACCAAUCCUCCUGGUAACGCGGCUUACAAUGCUACCAAGAGCGCAGUCAAGACGACGGCAGAGCACCUUCACUUCGAUCUCGCCAAGUCCAGCCCUUCCACAUCCGUUCACCUUUUGGUUCCGGGCUGGACAUUCACUGGCUUGACCGGUGGCGGAAACAUGAAGGAGAAGCCAGAUGGCGCCUGGUCAGCCGACCAGGUCGCCGACUUUCUCUACAAGAAGAUGGGUGAGGACAAGUUCUACGCCAUCUGCCCGGACAAUGACGUCGACUGGGAGACGGACCGCAAGCGCAUGAUGUGGACUAUGGGUGAUGUCGUGUACGAGCGCAAGCCGCAGAGUCGGUGGUUGGACGAAUUCAAGGAGGAGUCUACCGAGACUAUGAGCAAGAUGAAGCUGGGCGCGAAACAGCUCGGUAGCACAUCAUGA